CGCAUCGCCAAAAAUUCUUACGAAAAAAAAACUAGCAAAAAACUUUCAUUACCGAAAAAAUGCUCCGUAAAGCGAGUUGCUGAACAUGCCUGCGGGAUUUAUUGCUGUGCACACGGGCUGCGGCAAUGCCGUGGACCAGCGAAAGUACAAAAAUGUCAGUAAUCGAGCUUGUGAACGUGCGAUAGCGGUGCUUUUGCGUGAUGGCGGCGACGGCACCACAAUGGAAGCCUGCGAAGCGGCAAUUCGCGAGUUGGAGGACAGUGGUGAGACAAAUGCCGGUUUUGGCAGCAAUUUGACGUGGGAAGGGCGAGUCGAGUGCGAAGCGUCGAUCAUGGAUGGCGCAAGUCGACUUUUUGGGGCAUGCACGAAUGUGUCACGCGUGAAAAAUCCCAUCAGUUUGGCACGCGUCGUGUGCGAAAAACAAAAUCGCUUGUUGAAAUUGGGCCGAAUACCGCCGAUGGUGGUGUCGGGACAAGGCGCCGAAGCGUUUGCCGCCGAAACCAACAUCGAAAUGGUCGAAAAUGAGGAACAGAUGAUUUCGAAGAAGGCUCUCAAGUGUUACCGGCUGCACAAGGAGACAAUCCAAAAGUACGAAAGCAUAAAUGACAUCAAAAUAUCGUCACUUGACACAGUGGGAGCGGUUUGUGUUGACGCAGCUGGAAAUAUAACGGCGGGAUGCAGUUCCGGCGGACUUAUACUCAAAGUUUCCGGUCGAAUUGGACAAGCGGCGACUUAUGGCGCCGGAUGUUGGGCAUCGAUGAACCCAAAUUCCUCGAUAGCGACUUGCACAACGGGCAACGGCGAGUAUUUGAUGAAAACGUUGCUCGCCAAAGAAAUUGUUAGCGACUUGACGGCAAGCCAGUGUCCCAUAACGACAAUUAAUACGACAUUUCAGACGAAAUUUCUCAAGUCGCCGUUCCUCAGUGACCUGGAUGAGGUGUAUGGAGGCGCCUUAACGAUCGAUUAUGACCACGAAACGCGACGCGGCGACCUUUUGUGGGCACACACCACGAAAUACAUGUGCCUCGGAUACAUGUCGACGGGCAAACGCAAACCAAAGUUCCUAAUGUCCGAGAUGCCAGACAUCGAAAAAGCGGGCAAAGUUACCAUUGUUAGUGGGCACCAAUUCAAAUUGCCACAAUAAGUCUCUUCUAUCAUGUCUUUCUUAGUUCUUAGAUGUCAGACUAGAUUUUUACUAACUCACAUGAGAUUCUUUUAUAUGAAAAAAUACAUUUUUAAUUAACAAAAACCAUUUUUUUUUUCUUUA